ACGAGGUUACACUAUUUCAUUUCAACUAAUCGCCCUCGAUCAACUAUAUUCAGAACUAAAAUAUAACCUUAAUUUACAAAAGUAACAUGUUCAGCCGAAAAUCUAAUAUCAUUUUGCGAUGUACACCACUAUGCAUUAAGCAUGGAAAUGUGCAGUACGUUUUAAGAAAAAAGACAUACAGUGAUGAAGCUAAAACUAAGAAACUGAAAACAUUACCACCCAAAAAUUGGUUUAAACCACCACCUCCAAAUCAAGGUUCAAUGACUUCUUUAUUUUUGGGAAAUGCAGAACCUAAUGUGGAAUUAAUCAAAUGGGCGUCAACACCAAUUAAAUUUGGAAUAAAGGAUGUUAAAAAUUGGUAUAAAAAAACAUCAGAAAAAUUCGAGGAUGAGCAACAACAAUUCAUUCAAGAAAGGCAUGAAAUUCUUGGUAGCAAUUUAGCCAUUGCUCAUUUCAUUGUACAUCGGGGUGGCAAAAUAAUGCUACGAGGAGAUACUGCGUGGAUCCAGAAGGACGAAAAUGAUGUGGUUAAAUUACCAAGACGCUUUGAUCCAAAAUAUGUUGUUACAAUGAUAGAUGCCAGUGGAAUGAAUCUUCGUUAUAACGGAUUAAUGAAUUUUUGUAAUCUUGGCUCACUUAAAUGGGUUAGUUUUAAAGGUUGCGAGCAUUUGGAUGACUGGUGCUUGGAUAGAAUUACUGCAUUACUUACAACCGUAGAAUAUCUUGAUAUUUCUAAUUGUAAAAAGAUUACACAUAGAGGAUUAGUAGCAAUCUACAAAAUGCCUCACCUAAAAAAGUUAUUAGUAACAAAUUAUGAUAUGUCAGAUGAAUUUGAAUUAACAUGUUUGAUGUUAGAAGAAUUGAAUUCUAACUUGCAGUGUGAAAUUCUUGAACCUCAAGAUUCAUCCACUUCCGAUAGUAGUAAAAUUGACAAUUGAAAGAUGUAUUAUGAAAAUAUUAUUUAAUAAUAAUUGUUACAUAUACAAAACAAUGCAGUUCAUUCAUACUCUCACUCAUGAAUAAAAAUCUAUAAUAUUUAAA